AUGUCGCGCUUCACUCCACAAAAGGCGGUGGGAGUGGUGACAGACGCCGACAUGAACCACAAAAGUAAGAAGCGGAUCAAAGAAGCGAAGCGCAGCGCUAGACCCGAACUGAAGGACUCUGGGGACUGGGUCAGACACGGGUACCACGACACCUUUGACCUGUCACACCGCAGCGUAAAGGAUAACGUGGAGCGCGCAGACGCGGCACGCAUCAGCCCGGAGGAGUUCAUCGCACGCUUCGAGAGGCCGUACAAACCCGUGGUGCUGCUGAACUGUCAGGAGGCGUGGCCCGCUAAGGACAAGUGGACUCUGGAGCGCCUCAAGAGGAAGUACCGCAACCAGAAGUUCAAGUGCGGCGAGGACAAUGACGGUUACUCUGUGAAGAUGAAGAUGAAGUACUACGUGGAGUAUCUGGAGAGCACACGCGACGACUCCCCGCUCUACAUCUUUGACAGCAGCUACGGCGAGCACGCCAAGCGCCGCAAGCUGCUGGACGACUACAGCGUGCCCUUGUUCUUCACCGACGACCUGUUCCAGUUCGCCGGGGAGAAGAGGAGGCCGCCCUACAGAUGGUUCGUGAUGGGUCCUUCUCGCUCCGGCACUGGGAUCCACAUCGACCCGCUGGGGACCUCAGCUUGGAACGCUCUGGUGCAGGGCCAUAAGCGCUGGUGCCUCUUCCCCACACACACGCCCCGAGAGCUGAUCAAAGUGACCCGCGAGGACGGAGGGAACCAGCAGGACGAGGCCAUCACCUGGUUCACGGUCAUCUACCCCCGAACACAGGAGCCGAGCUGGCCCAAAGAGUUCAGACCGCUGGAGAUCCUGCAGAGACCCGGGGAGACCGUGUUUGUGCCGGGUGAGAGAGACGCACACUGGUCCUCAGGCUAG